AUGGAGGAGGACGAGUGGGACGACGCGCUGCUGUCGGAGAUCGCGGCGCUGGAGACGCGCCACCUGCAGAGCCACAGCCACCAGAGCGGGCCCUCAGCCGCAGCUGCAGCGCCAGCACCAGCAACUGCCGCGCCAUGGAGCUGCCGCUCGUGUACGCUGCGGAACGAGGCGUCCAGCGCCGCGUGCCAAGUAUGCGGCACGCCGCGCGGCCAGACGUACCAGGCGCUGACGUCGCCACCCAGAUCUAGCUCUGUGACUGGAGCUGCAGCGGGCAGGAAGACCGUGCAGGCGCGACUCUCGUUCGACGGGACCUCGGCGCCCGUGGUCGUGCCGCCCUCGCAGCAGAGACAGCAACAACAACAGCAGCAGCAGCAGCAAGAGCCACACGAACAGGACGUGACACGCAUCGAGCCGUCCCCGUUCUCUAGCAGAGAGCAGCAGCCAGUGCGGAGCUCGCAGCAGACGACGUUGACGCCCGCAGCCGCAGGAUCGGGACUCGUGCUCACCUCGAGACGCUCAGGCCAAAGCACUACAGCAGCUACUAGAGCGGCUUCACAGUCGCCCGUCCAGCUGCCGAGACACGCGGCAGGAGAGGACGCGCAGGCCAAGACGCGGUACCUGGACGUCGUGGCGAGGUCGAACUUUCCGCAGAUCGACUACGAGGCGGCGCAGCACUUCGUGUACCCGACCAACUACUCGAUCCGCGACUACCAGCUCACGAUCGCGGAGAAGGCGCUGUACCACAACACGCUCGUGUCGCUGCCGACGGGGCUGGGCAAGACGCUGGUGGCCGCCGUGGUCAUGUACAACUUCUACCGGUGGUUCCCGACCGGCAAGAUCGUCUUCAUGGCGCCGACGAAGCCGCUCGUGGCUCAGCAGAUCAAGGCCUGCCACGAGAUCAUGGGCAUUCCGUUGCCCGACACGGCGGAGCUGCAGGGCAACGUGCCGCCGACGAUGCGCCGCGUGCUCUGGAACUCCCGGCGCGUGUUCUUCUGCACCCCACAGAGCUUGCAGAACGACCUACGACAAGGCGUCUGUGCUGCAGAAAAGUUCGUGUGCAUUGUGGUGGACGAAGCUCAUCGAGCGACGGGCAACUACGCGUACUGCUGCGUGGUGCAGAUGAUCGAGGCCAAGACGCCGUUCUUCCGGAUCCUGGCGCUGUCUGCCACCCCCGGCGCCAAGUUCGACGUGAUCCAAGACGUGGUGGCCAACCUACGCAUCUCGCACAUCGAGAGCCGCUCGGCGGACGAUCCGGACGUGAAGAAAUACACGCACGCGCGCCAGGAGGAGGUGAUUGUCUGUCGUCUCGGAGCUCAGAUCGUGGAGGUGAAGACCAUGUUCUUGAAGUGCUUCACGCCGAUCAUCCAGCGACUUCUACGAGGCAACAUCAUCCCGUUCGCCGACCCCGAGAAGCUCUCCAGCUGGCAUGUACUGCAAGCGCGCGAGAGAUUUCGCAAGAGCCCCAGCUACGCCUCAAGUCGCAGCGCUGAAAGCGACUUAGCGCUGCUGGUGAGCCUUUUGCACGCCAAAAGCCUCUUGACAGGCCACGGACUCAGCAGCUUCCGCGACCAGAUUCUGAAUUGGGCAGAGGAGCGAAAGAAGGGCAAGAUGUCCUGGUCAAAGAGGGAGAUGCUGCAGUCGUCGGAGUUUCAGUCUCUUGAGUUGAGUCUGGGAGUCACUGAAGGAGCCACCAGCUCUGCCAACACUGCGAGCCAUCCCAAACUUGUCAAGCUUCGUGAGGUCCUCCUGGAGCAUUUUCAGCGCCAUUCCGCAGCUGGAUCCAGCACGCGCGCGAUCGUUUUCACGCAGUACCGAGUAAGUGUGUCGGAGAUUGUAGCGCUACUGCGCCCGCUGUCGCCGCUCCUGAAUGUGCAACCAUUCAUUGGCCAAGGCUCGUCAGGCAAGUCCAAAGAGAACAAGGGUCAAACUCAAAAGGUGCAGCAGGAAAUCGUGCGCAGGUUUCGGCUGGGCGAGUUCAACGUUCUGGUGGCAACCUGCAUUGCUGAGGAGGGUCUGGAUAUUGGCGAGGUUGAUCUCAUCGUAUCAUUUGACGCACUUACCUCUCCGGUACGAAUGAUUCAACGAAUGGGAAGAACCGGACGUAAGCGCGUGGGCAGGGUCAUCAUCUUGGUAACGGAAGGUGACGAGCAGAAGAAGUUGGCGCGGAGUGCGUCAGCUGCCAAGACUGUGAGUCGCGCGCUGACAACAUACAAGAACAAGUUCAAGUAUUCCAAGUGCCCUCGUAUGAUACCAACCGGCAUUUGCCCGGCUUUGAAAGAGUUGGAGAUGAAUAUCCCAACCUUUCAUGCGUCCCAGGUCGGUGGUAAGACUGCGACACCACAAGUCGAUCCUGAUCUAUGGCAGCUGAGCGAUGCGGAGCGAGCAGUAGCGCUGAUGAAGUACUUCCCGCCAAACUUUGCGUCAAGCUCAAGGAAUAAGCUGUUUCCGGUCGUGGCUAACCGAAAGCAUUUACUUCGACGCCAGCCGCGAUGCCUUGGGCGGAAAGGCGUGAGCUCUCGAGUAGGUUACUCUGCUCGCUCAUUAAUUCUCCAGUCUGUGGUGCGGAAGAUAAAUGGCGUGGAAGAGGUUAUGGACUCAGAUUCGGAUGACGAUGACAAGAGUGAUGAUGCUGGAAACAAAGCGGGAGGCAAGCAAGCGCUUACGCAGGUCUAG